GAUAUUGUUGUCAGUCACCGGCAAGUGAGGGCAACUGACGGAUGUAUCGCGAGUUGAGAAAAAGUGCUGUUGUGUUGUGAACCGUGUGAAUUUUGAUUUAGUGAUUUUAAGACAAAAAAUCAAAAUCGAUAAAAGCGUGCAAUCGUCGGAACAUUGUUGAUUACAACCCUGCAUGCCAUAAAGUAUCAAGCUACUUAAAAAAAAUCUACGAUGUGAAAUCAGCGUGUAACCGUGAACUAUUGACUGUUUUCAAUUACUAAAAUGUGCAGUUUUAUGCAGACAUAUGUUAAUGUUUAGUUGGGAUGGUGAAUUUUAGUGUGAGAAGCGUCUUGGGCGUCGCGGUGUUGCUGAUUGUUAUUUUUUCAGAAACACAAAGCCAGUUUAGUUAUGUCUGCCCCAGAAAAUUCGUGGCAAUCGGAAAAAAAUGCUACUAUUUCAGCAAGGACGAAACUAUUUGGCACGAUGCCCACUUUAAAUGUAGAAACCUCAACAGUAGUUUGGCCACAAUUAAGGGACCCCAACAAGAACUAAGUGUAAGGAGAUAUCUCAACCGACGAAAAGAUGGGAGGUUUGAAAGGUGGUUGGGAGGAAGGUACAACGAGAAACAGUCCAGGUGGGUCUGGGGUGCAAAUGGAAAGCCUUUGCUUUUCCAUGGAUUUUCCAGGAUGAAUGCUAAUGAUAAAAAGUGGGCAUGGCAUUGUAUUAUUGUAGAUCCAUCAAGGCAAAAUAAAUGGUCGGCGAGGAGUUGUGUCGAAAAAAAACGUUACAUCUGCCAAAGGGCCGUCACAGGAAAAAGAAAUAUUAUCAGAAGACAAUGUAAUCCAACUGCGAAUAAUACUAGCAGCCAAGGUUGUUUGAGACCUAAAGUGGGAUCCUCAGCUCCUGCAUUUUUAAUCAAAAUAUCCCAGAAACAAAAUAAACCGUACCACGUGGCUACAUUCGUCUGCCCAUCUCACAUGAUCCUCGUGGGCCGAAAAUGCUACUUUUUCAGCAAAGACAAAGCCAGUUGGAGUAACGCUUAUUGGGCUUGCAGAGACAACAAAACCAAACUUGCAGUGAUCACAACCAAGAUGCAAGACAAUAUUCUACGAGGAUUUCUCAAAUGGAAUUUCACUGCAGAAAAACAUGAACGUUGGCUUGGCGGAAUCUUUGAUUGGAAGCAGCAAAAAUGGAAGUGGGCGAUGAGUGGAAAAGUGAUCAGAUAUAAGAAUUUUGCCAAAGAAGCUUUGGUGGAAGGAAAGAAUAAUACCCAUCAUUGUAUCACAAUCGACCCCCAGUAUAACAAUUUAUGGAAUUCGAAGAAUCGACUGGAAGAAAAACAUUAUAUUUGUCAAGCCAAGUCAAAAAGUGUGGUGAAGUAUGACAAAUUGUGGGACCCUAAUGCUACAGUGGUCAUCAAAGUUGAAGAAGAUGAUUUUCCUAGUAAAAAACAUAAUUUUGUAGCUACCACGCCAACUUCAGCGCAAAAUUUUAAUAACGAAGUCACUGACAAGUAUGUUUAUAAUUGAAAAACUGCAACGGAUUUCAUAUCCCAACAAUCGAUAAUGUAAAUAGUAUUUGUCAAUAUUUAAUAAGUUAGUAAUAAAUCAUUGAUAGCUUUAUUUUACUGCAUUUACACGGUUUUUAACGAUAUUAAAGUAAUCUCUUAUACAACUUUUUUUCUAAAAAGCUUUCUGAUAUUUUACUACAUUUACAUUAGUGACUGCCAUUUGUUUAAGCUUAUUUAUUUAUUUUUUAUUCGUGUCUAGUUAGUUUAAGGGGCAGUACAGUGUGUUUUCUACUCUGAGUUGCUUUGUUCAAUAAAUUUUGAAGGUUGUAUGUUAAAAUAUUACUUUUGAUUGAAAUAAACUUAAAACGUUUUGUACUGCCAGAAUGAAAAGACACUUUAUAUCCAAAUAUAGUUACAAUAUUUUGAUUAUUUUAUAGCAUACCUAUGUAAUUACAUUUAUAAUGUACUUUUUUCUACUUUAUUCUUGCAUGAAAUAUAAAUUAUGUAUUACU